GGGGGGCGCUGCCCAGCGCGAGCGCAGCCAGCGCGAGGCCCCAGCGGCGGCGCGGCCCGGCGCUUCCCUUCAGCUCAAAAUUGUUCCCCUCACCCUCUCCCUGCACUUCCUGAUCAAGAGCCCCACCCCAGCUUUCCUGGAGCCCCUUUCCACGCUGGAGGCUGCUCUAAGGUCUCCCUGGAGCCUUCUCUUCUCCAGUGUAGCUGAGCUGCAUGAAAUAUGGGAGACGACAGGCCGUUUGUGUGCAAUGCCCCCGGCUGCGGACAGAGGUUUACAAACGAGGACCACCUGGCGGUUCAUAAACACAAGCAUGAGAUGACAUUGAAAUUCGGCCCCGCUCGAACCGACUCAGUCAUCAUCGCAGAUCAGACUCCGACCCCAACGAGGUUCCUGAAGAACUGUGAAGAAGUGGGGCUUUUCAAUGAACUGGCCAGCUCCUUUGAGCACGAGUUCAAGAAAGCCACAGAGGAUGACGAGAAAAAGAGUGCCGGAGCCCUGGAUAUGUCGCUGCCCUCCACCCCAGAUGUCAAGAUAAAGGAGGAAGAGCCGGUGGAGGUGGACUCUUCCCCACCAGACAGCCCUGCGUCUAAACCGCAGUCCCCACAGAACAAGGAGAAGGAGAUCACCUCCAAGCCUACUCCAACCAUUGUGCGUCCGGGCUCACUGCCGCUCCACUUGGGUUACGACCCACUCCACCCCACGCUGCCUUCCCCGACCUCCGUCAUUACCCAGGCUCCCCCUUCCAACAGGCAACUGGGGUCUCCCACCGCUUCCCUUCCGCUUGUGGUGCAGCUUGCGAACGGACAGACCAUGCCUGUCCUCCCAGGCCCUCCCGUACAGAUGCCUUCUGUUAUAUCGCUGGCUCGGCCGAUGUCCAUGGUGCCGAACAUUCCCGGUAUUCCUGGGCCGCCCAUCAACAGCAGUGGGUCUAUUUCACCGUCAGGACUUCCAGUGCACUCGGAAGCCAAAAUGAGGCUGAAGGCCAGCUUGACGGCAUCUUCCUCGCUGAAUGGCAGCAACCUAGUGGUGGGCUCGGCCAGCACGAUGGUGACAGCGCGUCCAGAGCAGAGUCAGAUCCUUGUCCAGCACCCUGACGCCCCAUCCCCAGCUCAGCCCCAGGUUUCCCCUGCCCAGCCCACCCCGAGUACCGGCGGGCGACGGAGACGCACGGUUGACGAGGACCCGGACGAGCGCCGGCAGCGAUUCCUGGAGCGAAACCGGGCUGCUGCAUCCCGCUGCCGUCAGAAGCGCAAGCUCUGGGUGUCUUCUUUGGAGAAGAAAGCUGAGGAGCUCACAACCCAGAACAUCCAGCUGAGCAAUGAAGUUACGCUACUGAGGAAUGAAGUUGCUCAACUGAAACAGCUCCUACUGGCUCACAAGGAUUGCCCCGUCACUGCACUACAGAAGAAAACACAGGGCUAUCUCGAAAGCCCAAAGGAGAGCUCCGAGCCCACUGGCUCCCCUGCUCCCGUCAUCCAGCACAGCUCCGUGACGGGGUCCCCUAACGGGCUCAGCGUCCGCUCGGCGGCCGAGGCGGUGGCUACGUCGGUGCUGACGCAGAUGGCGAACCAAAGGACAGAACUGAGCCUGCCGGUGCCCUCGCACGUCAUCAUGGCUCCACAGUCCCAGUCUGCUGGCAGAUGAUGGCACAGCCUGUGCGCGUGACACGGAGCUAACCGAGAACUCCCAGCCGGAGAGAUGGACCGCAACUGAGUCCCUGACGAGUCGGGGCCCAUAAGGAGUUUUAUUUCUUUUUUUUUUUUGUUGUUGUUCUUUUUUUCCAAGUGAGUUGAGGGCAGCUCUGGCACUUCUGACACCGCGUAGCCUGUACAGACCCUGGCCCCUGCUGCUGCCCUGCCAUCGCCCGUCUCCACCGGACGGCUGCGGAUUGAGUGCUUUCCUCGAUCCUUCCGUUGACGAUCCGUCAACUCACAGAGUCAUCCGAACACACAAAGCCUCGCUUUGAAAGGUUCGCUUUCAGGUAUCGGUUACAUUAACACUAAACCUCCGUGCUUGGUGGAUCCCCUUGGCGCUUUCACUUUUCCAAGUCCCCCUCUUCCCUCCUCCUCCAGUCUCAGCAAAGGAAAAUGGCUCUUGGGAGGUUGUGACAUUUAGCUGUGCUGUCAGUGUAUUUUGUUUUUAACGGCAUGCUGCUUCCAGGCAUCUGCUCCCCCUCUGCUCUCGCUGCCUGAACCAUUGCACCUUCGCACCAUGAGCCUCUUUGAGCUCUGAGGUUAAAGGCAUCGAGGUUGGUCGAAAGAUGCCAGCAAGAGAUUUUGGAGCUCGCUCAUACAUGAUGGGAGUGUAAUCGCUGUAAAUUCAUUUGUGUCCAGGGGUUGGGAGAGGGGCAAGCGAGGCCUUGGAGGGGACACCCAUGUUUCUGGUUGCUUGUGUUGCACCGAGAGCUGCAGACAUCGGUGUGCCAAUCUCUCAACGGCUGCUGGACGAAAGGUACCGGCUGUUCCGGCAGUAGAGAGGCCGCUCUUGGUCUUCCUUACAUAAAUCGGUGCUGAUCUGCAUCUGCUGGGACCGGCGCAGAGGCACUCUGGGAGGUCCGUGAAAGGAUAAACCGGCCCAGCAGGUGAUAACAAUGUGAGUCCCAGAAUGCAUCAUCUGCUCCCAGCUCCGCUCUACACCUCAGCAAACAAACCCCUCCAUUUCCAGGGAUCAUCUCCUUUACUCAUAACCUCGAUGACCUUAAUAAUGGUGGCCUUAAAUCAUGAAUUAGUUGCCUGUUCAAGGGAAGGGAGCACAAAGCAGUGUUUCUAUUUGCCCGGUGUUUUACCUCUUCUUCACGAUUCUCUUCUGCUCUUGGUGAUGGAGCAGCCAGUGCUUCCCAGCCAGAGCAAACGAAGGAUUCACAGAGCUUCCACUUUUAUUGAGCAGGUUAAAAACCCAGCCUUGAUGUUGAAAGACACUUGGAAUUGGGUCCGUUCCCGUUCCGGGCGGGCAUAGCAUGCGUCUGUGUGCUUCCUGAGGUUGUUGCUGGGAAGUUUGGAAGUGGGAAGGGGUGCUGUGUGUGUCCGGGCUCUUGGAAGGAACCUCGUCAAAGUCUGCUGAGCUGCAUCAGCCCUUGGUCUUCCUCCCCCUCCUCACCUGAGCUCUCGCCCACCUCGCGCUGCACUCGCCACUUUUGAGCCAAGUUUGUUUGUUGAAGUCAUUUUAUUUGGCUUAGCCAGACUUGAAAGGUUUCCAGGGACAGCAAAACCCAAAGUGAAGUCUGAGCAAGGAACCGGAUCGCAUUACAGAUGGGGAAGUUCAGCGGUUUGGUUUUCCUAUCGAUGGGAUCUACCUUCUCCCCCUCCCCUCUUUUCCAGGUGUUCCUCGGCCUCUCAGCAGCAGCGACCGCGGCGUUCCUUGCGUUUCCUUAGUCUCGAUGCCAUGAUGCUCCCGCGCUCUCCUGCUUUCUCUUGCUCGUCUCUCGUGUGUAAUUGGGGUCACUUCUGGCCUCGGCGGUUUGCACUUUGGGUACGGAUUCUCUGUAGACUCCCGGCCCUGUUCUUUUGUUCCUGCAGGGUCUGUGUGUGCACGGAUAUUUGGCUCUUGCUGUCCCACCACGGUGUUUGCAGUCACCGUGAGCCAUGAGGACAGGACACAGCGGAGUUUGGCAUCUCUUAAAGCUGUGUGACAUGGACAAAAAGGGGGUUCAGGACCUUUUUCAGGGGGGGCAGGAUCUAAGGCAGAGGCUUUUCAGGAGGUACAAGGAGCCAUCCUGGCUCUGCUUCCUCUCCUGGAGCUGCUGCUGGAUGCAGGUUGUAGAGCUGCGACAGGGAACCGCGUUAAGCCCUGUGCUCCUUUAUACCAAAAAGGUGUAAAAAUUACUCAUCUGGCAGCAAAGGGAUUGACUGUGGUCUUCAGAUCCACUCAGUUCCCUUCAAGGGACUUCAAAACAAGUCUUGCUCUUUUUUUACUUUGUCUGGGAAUAGCAGGAAUGACAAAAAUGUGUUGUAAACAUGUUUGCUUCGUCACCCAGCAGCCGAUGGCUCCCUGUCCCUUGGUUCGUAGAGCUUGGGGCCGAUACAGCGUGCAGGAGCGAGCGUGUCCGGCAGCGCAGCAGCUCCUCCUAGGCUCACCGAGCACUUUUCCAUCCUGGAAAAGCGUUUGUUGAAAGAAAAGAGAAAGGAGGAAUUGAGCUUGGGUCUGAUCCCACUGCUGGUUCCUUGUUUACUUCAUGGCAUUGGGGUCUGGUGGGUGAGGCCCAGGCAAGGACCAGGCGGUGGCUUUGCCAGCAGGGUUGGAGAGGGAAUGAAGGGUGGUUGGAGAGCAAAUCCAGGACGGAGACACACAUGGCAGCAUUGGCACUGACUGCAGCAGCUUCCCUGAGCCCUGUUUUUCACCCUUAGGGACUGAGAGUGAUCCGGUUUUGUGUGGCCGGAGAGCUGGGACCACCUCUGUGUCCCAGAGAAGGGCUUUCCCUGCCCUCGUACUGCCGUUGGGCAUCACCAGGUAGCUCCAACCUUGCUGGUAACGAGGGAAGGGAUGCAGAGAGCAGCUUUUCUCCCCAUCGCUCUGUCCCUCAAUGCUCCUGAUGCCAUCGGUGCUGCUCCACUCCAGCAUCUCCCCACCUCAGCUCCCCUCUGCGCGUGCUUCGUGCCUUGAGAAACCCACAAAUCCAUGAAAACAUGGACAGAAAGCUCCAAGCCUGGGCAGUAACAAUCGGGGAACAAGCGUUUCGCCGUACCCUAACAUUUAAUUAUUGUUAAUUAUUUUUUCCCGUGUCCCUUUGGGUAUGUUGGAGCAGGAUUCAGGUCCCUGUUUCUCUUGCCAACAGCAUCCCUGCUUGCUGGGAGGGAGAUGGAGAGAAGCAGGAAUCCUCGCUCUCCGGGCAGGCUAAGCCUGUGAUGUAGCCAAAAAGAAAACCCCAGGGAGGAUGACCCUUAGCAUCCUCCCUGCUGGGAAUUCUCCAGCCCCAUCCUGAUGGAUGGACAGACGCACGGACAGACAUCCCAAGCUAGACUUUGAGGCAAGUGGGUGAUGUUCAUCCCUUGUCAGGGUCACAAAAGGUGCCCAGCAGAGCCGAUGCUGAGCUGAUCCCAAACCUCAGGUGGAGCUGAGUGUCACAGCGCCGGGGUGGCUGUUGUCAUUUGCUCAGCAGGAUGGACAAGUUUAGGAUUUGAGUUGGCUCUUCCCAGGCUUUUUGGAGAGAAGGGUACGGAGUGAGUGCUUGUUCCAGCUGUUCCAGCACCUCCCUGGCGAUGGACGUGUCGGGUGCUCAGGUGAUGGGAAGCUGGGGUUGGUGUGGCCUCCACUCCUGGAGCCGAGCACUUCAAGAGCCAAACGGCUGUGGGCCUUCUGCCCACAUCUCCUCCUUCCUUAUCCCUUCUCUCUCAGACAAUUCCUUGAGCUCAGCAGCUGCAGAGGCCGCGCUUUGGUUUUGAUGAGAGUUACAGUGUUUUGGGUCGGGAAGAUGGACUUCCCGGCAGGUUGGUGAUGCCAGAUUCCCCUUGACGGUGAGGGUGAAGGUGGCUUUCUCUUCUUCUUCCCAUGCUGCUUCAACUGUUGCUAGAAGACUUUGUGGAUAUCUUUGGAUGGGGCAGAAUACCCUGGAUUUAGCUCCAGGGUGAUAUUCCCUGCUUUCCAGAGGCUCCUGGGGGCCUCCGGCUCCGCUCAGCUGCUUGCUGGGCACCUGCGCUUUCCUCUGCCGGAGCUCGGCCACGGUGCCUUAACCGGGACCCCGGCUGGUGCCAGUGUCAGUCGUGGGCUUCCCAUGUGUCUUCCCCCAAAGCCCAUCUCCACACGGUGCCAUUGGGAUCACCUGGGAUCUCCUUCCCCCCUCCGUGGCCGAAUUGAUGGGUAUUUGGGCUCCUGGCAGGAGCCGGGAAAAGCCCUGCAGGGUUUAAAAGUUGCGUUUUGGUGGUGAUGGAAUUGAGGAGGGCCGGAACGGUGGCAUCGGCUUUGGGAGUUGGGAUUUUUAUCCAUCCAGGAUGUCGAACAGGAAUAAAUGGCUGGAAAACCCAUCCCAGGGUGAUGUUAAACCCGUGCUGGAGGGGAGCUCUCCCUCCUCUCCCUCUGGUGCAGAAGAUCUUGCCAGCCUCCAAAUCCCUUGGGAUUGGAGAGGUCUGGGGGAUUCAGUGCCACCUUUUCCCCCUAAACUGGCUCCUCGAUUCUGCAUUUCGAUGGCUCAGCUGGGAAAUGGGUCAUUUUGGGACUUGUGGCUCCGUUUCUGGUUGAUUCCCCCCUGUUUUCGUGCACACGUGGGUUCCGGCAAUGGAGAUGCUCUCCUGCUCCGAAACGAGCCUUUGGGAUGCGGGAGGAGGGUCCUGGGCAUCUCCCAUCCCCGGCUGCCUCCUACCUUGAGCUUUGACCAACGGAAGAAGCCAAGAAGAAGAAGGAACCCCCCGACGAGCGUAACCCGAGGUGUUGUAUCUAUAAAACACAUAUCUAUGCGUAUAUCCAGUCCUAUAUAGACGUGUAUCAACUUUGUGAGCGGAUGCGCAGCUCCUUACGCAACGGAAUGGUUUCCUCGCUGUAACCCCUUCCCGCGGCCCCCCCUGGCCUCGAGAGAUCGUGUGAGCGGGUCCUCACAGCCCCGCGGGGUCCGGGAGGGAUGCAGGGGGGAUGCAUCGCAGCCCCCCGCCUUCCCCGCCGCGCCGUACCAAACAUGUAAUGUGCCUUUAUUUAUGCUGCAAAUAUCACAUUAAACUGUUACCCAGGAGCUGCCGCCCACUGAUUUCCGGGGUUCCGGAGCCUGGGGACAACCCUGGGGUCCUCUCAUGGAAUCGGUAAGGUUGGAAAUGACCUCUAAAUUCAUCCAGUCCAACCCCACUGUGACUGAACCGUGUCCCAAAGUGCUGUGUCUACACACUUUAACCCCCCCCCCCCAGGGAUGGAGCCUCUGCCACCACUCUGGGCAGCCUCUGCCAGUGCCUGAGAACCCUUUCGGGGAAGGAAUUGUUCCCAAUAUCCAACCUAAACCUCCCCUGGUGCAACUUGAGGCCAUUUCCUCUCGUCCCAUCACCCGUUCCUUGGGAGCAGAGCACUGACUUUCUGAGAGCAAUGAGGUCUCCGCUCAGCCUCCUCCACACCAACCCCUGCCCCCAGGUCCCUCAGCCUCUCCCAGACCCCCUGUUCUCCAGCCCCUUCCCCAGCUCCAUUCCCUUCUCCGGAUGCACUCCAGUCCCUCGAGGUCUUUCUUGGAGUGAGGGGCCCAAAACUGAACCAGGAUUCGAGGUGUGGCAUCACCAGUGCUGGGGGGAUGAUCCCUUCCCUGCUCCUGUGGCCACUCCAGGGCUGAUCCAAGCCUGUCCCAGGGAGUCCUUCGGCUGUCACCUCCCCCGAGGACAUGGGCCAUGGGGUCACAGUGGCCAUGACACCUCCAGCCACCACUCAGGUGACAUUGUCCAUGCUGGGGACACAGCAGGGCUGUCACCUGUGUGGGUGACACAAUGGUUGAGCCUCCUCGGGGUGGGGGGGGGAACAAAGGGGAGACGCAGCAACCUGCGACCCCCUUGGGC